AUGCCAAUCACAUGUUCAUCCCCGGCGCUACGGAGCAGAGGUGGUAAUCUCAGCGGAGGCGUAGUUUGGCUCCGCCCCCCUCGCUGCCUUGCCAAUGAGAAUCGGGCUGGGGCCGCCCUCUUCCAGCUUCUUCAUGCAAAUGAGGAGUCCCUGCAGGGGCAGGGCCGCAGUCGGGGGCGGGGCAGACGGAGGCGGGGCAUCCGUGGAGCCGGGCGGGGAUGGGGCUGGCCGCGUUACUCGCCCUCGGGCGUCGUGCGGGGCCCACAUUUAAAGGGGCCUCGGGAGUUGCCAUCGCCGCCCAGAGCUUCUCUGCCGCGUCCGUCCGGACCCUGCGUAGUGCGCCUGCAGCCAUGGCCCCGAUCAAGGUGGGUGAUGCCCUUCCGUCUGUGGAAGUGUUUGAGGGCGAGCCAAGCAACAAGGUGAAUGUGGCCGAGCUGUUCAAAGGCAAGAAAGGGGUGCUCUUUGGGGUCCCAGGAGCCUUCACCCCAGGCUGCUCCAAGACCCACCUGCCUGGAUUUGUGGAGCAGGCGGAUGCCCUGAAGUCCAAGGGGGCCCAGGUGGUGGCCUGCCUCAGUGUCAAUGAUGUCUUUGUGGUCAGUGAGUGGGGCCUCUCCCAAAAAGCUGAGGGCAAGGUUCGGCUCCUGGCUGACCCCUCAGGGGCCUUUGGGAAGGCCACUGACCUGUUACUGGACGACUCCCUCGUGCCCCUCUUUGGGAAUCGCCGUCUGAAGAGGUUCUCUAUGGUGGUGCAGGACGGUGUUGUGAAGGCCCUGAAUGUGGAACCAGAUGGCACAGGCCUGACCUGCAGUCUCGCCCCAAACCUUCUGUCCCAGCUCUGAAGCCGCACCCCGGCUUCGUGGCUCUUUCGCCCGAAGGGCAUCCUUGGGCAACGACCGCACAGCUGGCAUCGAGUCCAGCAGCUUCUCUGGAUGCCCCUCGUCAAGCUUCUGCAAUAAAAUAUUUCAGUUUUC